UGUAUUAUAAUUUUGUGAUAAAAAUUUCAAGGAAAAAACACACACAACCUCCUUCCUCCCUUCCUUCAGGGAGGGAAGAGAGUUUGAGCGGAGAGAAAAAUCUAUCCGAGACAGAACAGGGACAGUGAGAAAAAAUAUAUGAGUGGGAGAGGGAGAAGGAGGAGGAGGAGAAGGAGGGGGGAGCAAAUUAAAAGUUGCCAAAUGGAGAUAUUGGGUUUCAAGAGGAGUGAGACAGGAGUAAAGGGUUUGCCUUUUUGAGUCGUCUUUAUGUUGUGCUAAUCGGGAUAACUAUGUAUGGCUCGGCACGGCACUCGUCCUCCGGCAUUUUCGCUGAAUUCCACCCGACGUUUUCCAAAAUAGGCGUCGUCGACAUCGCGGCUAGCUAACCAGAAAAGGCCGGUGUUUUUUAUCGUUAAAACAUUGCCGCGGAGCUUCCCGGUUCGGAGAGCCACCCGACCAGAACACCGGGCUGCGACAGAUUAUCUCCCCUUCUCCCCGCCGCCGCCGAUUGAGAGGCGUCAGUUUCGGCAUAUCGAAACAAAAUGUGACGUGUUUUCGUGCUGGCAGUUGGAGCCGCAUAGAGGACAAAUGAAAGCCUCCCCAACGGAGAAAGAAAGAACACGUCAGCGACGACCAGCCACAGGCUGGACGACGGGCGUUUUGUGCUGCUUGAAUGCGAUUAUGAUACCGUCGGUUCGGUCUAUUUUUGGAUAUAAAACUUCGGCGCUGUGCAUUAGCCAGCUCACUAAACCAACGGCUGCACCAAGCGGCUCCGGUAGCGGGGCGACGGCGGAGACCAACUUUAGCUCGGUCUGCGUCGAAGCCUGCACACUAAGGCGGAUUUCGGAGACCGAAUUUGAGCUAGAAAUUAAACAAACUAUUCAAAUUUGUCGAAAUUUGGAUAACCCAGAUCACCGUUGAGCGAUAAAUCGGCAAAUCCUGUUUUUUGUUGUUGCUACUUUAAACGCCAUUUUUGUUUUCGCUCAGCAUUGGCACUUCAGCUCUAGUCUUAUCUUUGAAUUUUUGUUAUCAAGCAAAUGGUUGCUUUUUUAUUUAAAUGACGUAACGUUGGUUUGAUGCCCGCUGGAGAGAAGAAACGAGUAGUAUUUUACAUAAACAGUUCACAUAUGUAGUUUUUUCUCCCCUGUGAAAUAAAAUGUAGUAGUUUGGUUUCCGUUUUUUGUUUGGAAAACUGCGACAUUGCUUACUCUCAUAUUGGAGCAUUUGUUCUACUGUUGCUGUACAAACAGAGCUUUUGGUAGUAGAAUCAUCCAUUUUGGCAAGCAUACGUCUAUUUAUUGCGCAUAUUGAAGACGAAACAAACCCAAUAUUCUGAAAUAAAAUGACCGUUUAGCAUGUUUCUUUGUAUAUUCUUACAUCAUGGUGGUGUUAGUUCAUGGAGCCUAUUUUGCGCUGAAGCCCUGUCGCUCUUUGUUCUCCCUGAACCAAAGAUGGAGGCUGAACGUGGCUCUGUUGUAACGACAGCCUUUGGCAGGCCCAGGAAACAAAGGGCGUUAAAUGACUGAACCCAUGCUUCCUGCUGGAAAUCUGUGUCAUGGAUGAUGAGGAUGAUCGUCAUCUUCUGGAUAUUUUAGGAGAUGUGGAUGCAUUGAAUGACUAUCUCCAUGGCAGCAACAGCAAGUCUAUUGAGGAGGAUGAUGUGACAAAUGCAGCUUUCGGGUCAGAUGCAUCCUUCUUUUCUAGCGACACGGUUGGCUCAAACUCUGGCCUCAAGGAUGGCUCUUCUUCAAUGGGGGAAUUCGGCGACGAUUCAACAGGGGCAGGCCUCCAGCUCUCCAGCAGCCUUUCAUUUAUCGAGGAUGAAUUGGGGUCCGGGGACUCCCCCGGAGGGGUGGAUCUUGGGGGAGAGGACCAGCCCUUUGACAUCCUACAGAAGUCUCUCAUGGAGGCCGACAUCACGGAGCAGACAUUGGCCCAGGAGGCCUUACUAGACUCCCAGCCCGCUCCCACCCUGGUGCAGGCUCCCGUCCCCUUUCCCUCCCAGCUGGUCUCUGGGGGCUAUGGAGGGGGCGUGGUACCCACGGCGACAGCUGCGUUCCCCACAGGCCAGUUUCUGCAAGGGGUCUCCCAGCUGCCCAACGGCUCCGCCCAGCACAUCCAGGUGUUGGGCUCCUUCGGGGCGGGUGCUGGUGUGAUGACUCUGAGCAGCUUGGAGAGAACUCCUCAGCUUGUGCUGAGGCCGGGGACGCCUGUGUCCGCGGCGGGGGCCGCAGCAGGGGGGCAGGCGUUUGCUCCGACCCAAGGGCAGGUAGGCCAUGUGGGCCUACCUUUCAAAAACAUCCCCCUUCAAAACAUCAUCAUCCAGAGAGGCCCCGGAGGGACCCAGACUCUCGUCAGACCUAUCCAACCUAAACCGCUCCAAUCUGGGGCUCAGACUGCCUACAGCCUCGGCCUCCAUCCCACUCCAACCACCACGGCGAAUGUAGUUACCGCGAACACGGCUUCUCCUGGGGGGCAGUACACAGCCAACGGCUCCAUUGUGGUGCAGCCUACCCUGGAGCAGCAGCAAGCGCAGGCCCAGACAUCGUGCGCUCCUGGGCGCCUGACUCUGGUUGGCCCGGCGACGGCGGGGAUCGGUGGUCAAGGCCACGUCUCGGCGAGUCCCGUUCAGCGCCUUCUUGUGACCCAAACUGAGAAUUGCACUUCUCUGUCCCCUUUAGCUGGUACUGUGACGCAGGAGCAAGACUACAGACAGAAUUCUUCAUCUCCUGCCCUCCUCAGCAGCAUCCAUGCUAUGACUCAAGAUUCAAAGCUCAUCUCUCAGGUCAGUGCUCAGAAGAGACCUGCCCUUCCGCCACUUACAAGAGGAGAAAUGAUUUUACUACAGUUGAGGAAGGAUCAUGCUGGAGUUGAGACCCUAGAUCCUCGUCGAUUCAAUUCAAUCGACGAUGCGCUGCAAAGACUCCUCCCAUACCACGUGUUCCAGGGGGCUCCACCCAGCCAGGAGGAGUUCUCACAGGUGGAUGACGAAUUUGAGGUAGUAGCAACUCAAGUGCUGAUGAGGACCCAUGUCAUGGUGAACAAAUACAGACGGCUACUGAUGGUGGAGGCUGAGCGUUCCAGUCCGUCAUCAGAAAUGGUGAUGAUUGACAGGACCUUCAACCAAGAGGAGCGCAGCAACCUGACACAGGACAAACGCAUGAUACUCGUGGAUCCAGACACCUUCUUCGAAGACUUCUGUUGCGGGAUGAAAUCCAAACUUUCCCAGGAUCCCGUCCCCUCUCCGUCGUUGUCCAGCUGCAGCUGGAAUCAGUCAGACAGAGGCUCCGCGGAGCCACCGCACAGGACAGACCCCCAGCCCGGGUGUGGAGACCCGGGAGGGGGCAGCGACGUAGGGCCAGGUGCAGCAGAAAGACUCCACCCGCCGCUCUUAGAAAACAAGAGCGUCCUGGAACUGAAGAGAUCCCAGCAACACUACGGGCCCAGCAGCGGCAGCAACAACAGCCUCCUUGCUGCCAACAGUUAUCCCCAAGGUAACCCCUCACCCUUUGCAGCAACGGCGAGAGGACAGACAAACUACCACCCGUCCUCCCCGCCGACCCAGCCCGAGUGCCCCGCUCGGCUCACCUCCCCCCCUCACGGCGACACAGACUCUGCUCUCGAGGCGGCGGUCAACAGCAUCUUGGAAUGUUAAGACUGAUCUCAUCACUAGUUUUGACUUCUUUUGUGUACGCGUGUGUACAUUUUUUUUGUGUCAAACUCUCCUGUUGUGAUAUUUGUUGUAUCCCCUCCCCCUUAUUCCCUGUGUGAAGAGAGGUUAACUCUUCUUUCAGGUCUAUUAUAUUUCUGAUACCAUCUCCGGUCAUGUAGCAUGUAUUUAGUUUGUUUUGGUGAUUUUUGUUUUGUUUGUGUUGGAGGCGGCACGGUUUGGUAUGAGUCAGAGACUCCAUGGGACUGCAGGCACUCAAGAUGACCUAUAAACAUCCGGGAACGUGUGCAAUGCAACGUACUCACAGAUGGAAUUAGGUUUUGUUUUUGUUUACUUUAACAUUAUUUUAAAGGGGAAGGUUCUGCAAUUUCAGGAGCUUGAAAGUAGGAGUCCCUCUCUUCACAAAUACACCAUUAAUCUUUUGUUGAUUUACCUAUUUACCUUUGCUGAAGAACAGAUGAGGAGGAGGAGGGACAAAAUGACAAAUCUGUGCCUAAUUCUCGGUUUUUAUUUUGAAGUGUUUACAUGAAGGAGCUCUAUUCAAAAAACGACUUAGUUCCUUCCUGCAUUACAAACAUGCACAAUACACACACACACACGCACGCUUUAGUGCAACGUGUUACGUAGUUUCAUGGUUCGGAGGCGUAGAUUUCCUUUAGCCCAGUCGACAAAUUCACAUAGACGAUUUGCACUAAACGUAUUGUUGCUUAUUUCAGGAACUAUAUGAAUACGUGGCUCUCGUUGACAUCCAGUGUGCGCUCGCCGUGAAUAUUUGGAACACAACCAAAAUCUAUUCGCCGGCUUUCAGCUGCCUGCAACAAGGAUAAACCUCUAAAUCACACUCGCAACCUUUCAAACUCGUCACAUAGACAUAAAUAAUAGUGUUAUUGUACUCGGCAAUGCUUUUUUUCUUGUGCUCAAGUCACAUUUUCUUUGGCAUUUUUUCUUUUGUACCUUAAAGGUAUGCAAGCCCCGACACACACAGGACACAUCCUCAAUCUCUACCACUUUUUAAGUUUAUUUUUUAUCAUUUCAUUGUGUUCGUGUCAAGGGGAGCUUAGUCCUCAGAUUGAGGAAGUUAUGUUACAGUAUGUUUCUUUUAAUUUUUUAAAAUAGAAAUGACAUUAAAAAAUAUGUUUUUUGUUGGC